UAUGUACUAUUCAGUGUGGUUGUACCAGUGUCCUUCGAUACGAUACUGAAAUCUCAUGUCAGGCUGAACGAAAUGGUCAUGCUUACACGUCCGUUGUUGAUCAAUCAGGCGUCUGAACUCUCCGCUGCAAGACUGCCUAAAAAUUAUACCUGCGAAAACUGUGGAAUAUGUUUUCUGUCAGAGAAGACGUUGGUUGGUCAUCAGCAGUAUUACUGCAGAACGGCGCUGAAUAAUAAUAAUCGGCCGUCUGAUCCACCGGAGAGUAGUGACUUGUCCGGAAUGCUGUCUUGCCAACACUGCGGUUACACAGGUUCUUCUCCCUCCCAGCUGUGGCGCCAUGUCAGGUACAGUCACCCGUCUCCACACACGUUUAUUUGUAUCCUUUGCGGUUACAAAGCAUCUUCUUUGAGGGGGGUGAAGUCGCAUCUCAAGAUUGUAAAGUACUUGCCAGAAUGUGAUGAAGUUCUGGCAGCAACGGCCGUUUAA